AUUAUCUUUGUUGGAAAACUGAAAAAGAACAAAAUAAGUUAACGAAUUAUAUUGAUGAUAUUUUGCAACUUAUUGAAAGUGGAAAACAACAAUUCUGUUCUGGUGAAGGUGGCUGUCAAAGACAUUGUGGUAGAAUAGGCAAAUGUGUUGAAAUAUGUAAUCAUUAUUCUAAUGAACAAACCCUUAAAAAUCCUCUAGAUAUGCAUAAGUGUAGUGUAAGAAUUAUUACUAAGGUUAUACUAUCUGAAGUUGAUACCGACUAUCCAGUACAUUUGAUCAUUGAGGGUAAUCAUGUUCCACAAAAUGUUAUUUAG